CUCGUCCCCUCCGACUGGCCUCGGCUCCCCCCAGCCGCACCGCCCCGUCCCUCGAGGCCCCGCCGGUCGUUCUUCCAGGCUCGUGUACGCACGCGGCCUUCCACGAGCUCACCCUACACGCCACUCGCACGUUCGUGCCGUCGGGGCCUGGCGUCAGGUGGGCGCGCGUGCGCGUUCCUUUGCGGGGCGGGGUGAGGUCGUGGCAGCCGCGCCCCUCCGCCCCCGCGGGCCCCUCACGCAGCGGCCGGGGCCGCAGAGUUCCCGGGACCGCCCUGCCCGCCUGCUCAGUGCACAUCCCUGCGCCGCCUCUCUCUCCAGAGUGCCGGAACCGGCCUCCCCUGGGAUUCCAAGUCGUCUUCCCAGAAGGCCCAAGGCUAGCCUCGAGUCUCAGGCCCCCGGCCCGCCAGGCUUUCUGACCUCUGGGCCCAUAUGCCCUCUGCCCUUGCUGACUCCAAGAUACCCUGCAGUUUGGUCUCAGAGCAGGAGCUCCUUCUGGACUUAUUAGAGAAAUCUCCCAGCUCCCUUGCCUGGGCACUGCCCAUGACAGUUGAACCCCUUUUCCAAGAGAUGCAGCCCCUGGGAGCGCUGCCAGCUGGCAGAGAGAUGCUGCACAACUCCAGCCACAGGGAAGGCCUGGUCCAAGUGGAUAAGACUCAAAAGGGGAAGGACAGGGAAGGAGUGUGGACAGGGUCAGGGGGAGCCCUGGCCUCUAAUACCUCCUCCUCCUCCGAGCCUCCAGGGGCCUCGGGCAGCAUCAUCCCUGUCUACUGUGCCCUCCUGGCCACCGUGGUCCUUGGUUUGCUUGCCUAUGUGGCCUUCAAGUGCUGGCGCUCACACAAACAAAGACAGGAGCUGGCCAAAGCUCGGACUGCAGAGCUGGGGGCCCUCGACAGGGACCAGAUGCUUGGGGACAGCAGUGUCUUGCGGGACUCCUCUAGCGGUCGGGAGUCCUGUGUCCCCAGCCAGGGGCCACAUCCUGAGCUUGGCUGCCGGCUUUACCUCCACCUCCCUCGGCAGCAGCAAGAGGAAGUGGAGCGGCUCCUGGGAGGGUCAGAAGAACCUGACAAGGGCUGGCAGGACCUGGCGGGCCGCCUGGGCUACCAGGCUGAGGCUGUGGAGACCAUGGCCCGGAGCCGGGUGCCUGCCUCCGCUCUGCUGAGGGACUGGGCUGUCCAGGAAGGCAGUGGUGCUACCCUCAGGGUGCUAGAGGAUGCCCUGGCUGCCAUGGGCCGCGAGGACGUGGUCCAGGUCCUCGGCCUCCCACCGGAGGGCUACUGUGUGGUGUGAGACACGCCUCCGCAGCCUGGCCUCUUGGGGUACAGGCUCUGGUGCUACCUACCACGCCCACCUCACAUGCCUUCCCUUUCAUGGGCUUCCUCGAAUUGGUGGGCUCAGCCUGCUCUGUCCUGGUGGACACAGAGGGUUCAGCCACUACACACCUUCCCUUGCCCUACUUUCCUUGGAGACAGCGACCAGGAUAUGGGGCGAGUUGGUAGCAAAGCCGUGACUGGUCCCCACUCCACCUCCCCUUCCUUUGCCUUAACUGAUGUUCCUUCUUGUGUAUUCCAUAUUAAAGGCAACUUUGGACUGCU